CUGGCUCACCUUGGCGUUCGCGGCAAGCACCGAGCAUACCUUCGCCUAAAUUCCCAACAUCCUCUUGUGACGCACAGCGGCGAGGAUUCCCCCUCAGGAGAGAUCGGGGCUGCUUCCUCUGAAGCUGUUCAUGCCGGAUAAAGUUUAUGAGCAGCGUGGUAGAGGAGAGGAUAUAAAGACUAGACUGCAUACCUUUCGAUAAACUUACUAGGAAGUCGCUCCUUCGCCAACUGAAAUGGGCACCUUGCGCGACCUCCAGUACGCGCUCCAGGAGAAGAUUGAGGAGCUGCGCCAAAGGGACGCGCUCAUCGACGAGCUGGAGCUGGAGCUCGACCAGAAAGACGAGCUUAUACAGAGACUGCAGACCGAGCUGGACAAAUACCGCUCCGUUAUCAAACCGGCGACCCAGCAGGUCCACAAGCAGACUGAGCUGCACGAGCAGCAGCGGACGAAGAGGCAGGCAAUUUCGGCCGAGCCUACUGCCUUCGACAUCCAGGAUCUUAGCCAGGUCACCCUACCUUUCAACCCCAAAAGCCCACAGUCAAAGGAUCUGAUCAAGGAGGCCAUCUUGGACAAUGACUUCAUGAAGAACCUGGAACUGUCCCAGAUCCAAGAGAUCGUGGACUGCAUGUACCCUGUGGAUUAUGGGAAGGACAGCUGUAUCAUUAAGGAAGGCGAUGUGGGCUCGCUGGUCUACGUCAUGGAAGACGGGAAGGUGGAGGUGACGAAGGAGAGCCUGAAGCUCUGCACCAUGGGGCCAGGAAAGGUGUUUGGAGAGCUGGCUAUUCUCUACAACUGCACCAGGACUGCUACGGUCAAGACUCUAACAAAUGUGAAGCUGUGGGCCAUCGACCGACAAUGUUUUCAGACGAUCAUGAUGAGGACGGGUCUCAUCAAGCACACGGAAUAUAUGGAGUUUCUGAAAAGCGUUCCCACAUUCCACGAUCUGCAGGAAGAUAUUCUGAGCAAGCUUGCCGAUAUCCUAGAGGAGACACAUUAUGGAGACGGAGAGUACAUCAUCAGACAGGGGGCCAGGGGAGACACCUUCUUCAUCAUCAGUAAGGGAAAGGUUAAUGUGACCAGGGAAGACUUGCCCAAUGGAGAGCCUGUCUACCUGCGCAGCCUCGGAAAAGGAGACUGGUUUGGAGAGAAAGCACUGCAAGGGGAGGAUGUCAGGACAGCCAACGUCAUUGCAGCAGAGGCAGUCACCUGUCUAGUCAUCGAUAGAGAUUCAUUCAAGCACCUGAUUGGAGGUUUGGAAGAAGUAUCCAACAAAGGCCAUGAGGAUGCUGAUGCGAAAGCCAAGUAUGAAGCCGAGAACGCGUUUUUCUUCAAUCUCAACCUACCUGACUUUAACAUCAUCGACACUCUGGGGGUUGGUGGCUUUGGUCGUGUUGAGCUGGUUCAGCUCAAGAGCGAUGAGAACAAAACCUUCGCCAUGAAGAUCCUGAAGAAGCGGCACAUUGUUGACACGAGGCAGCAAGAGCACAUCCGCUCCGAGAAACUCAUCAUGCAGGAGGCCCACUCUGACUUCAUUGUUAGACUCUAUAGAACAUUCAAGGACAGCAAGUACCUCUACAUGUUGAUGGAGGCUUGUUUAGGAGGAGAGUUGUGGACCAUUCUUCGAGACCGGGGUUCAUUUGAGGACUCAACCACCAGGUUUUACACAGCUUGUGUGGUGGAGGCCUUCGCUUACCUACAUUCCAAAGGAAUAAUCUACAGAGACCUCAAACCAGAGAACCUUAUUUUGGACCACAGGGGCUAUGCCAAACUGGUCGACUUUGGCUUUGCCAAGAAGAUCGGGUUCGGGAAGAAGACGUGGACCUUCUGUGGGACCCCAGAAUAUGUAGCACCAGAGAUCAUUCUGAACAAGGGCCACGACAUCUCAGCCGACUACUGGUCUCUAGGAAUCCUCAUGUUUGAGCUCUUAACUGGCAGCCCUCCAUUCUCUGGCCCUGAUCCUAUGAAAACCUACAACAUCAUCUUGAGAGGCAUCGACAUGAUCGAAUUUCCAAAGAAAAUUACCAAAAAUGCUGCCAACCUAAUUAAAAAGCUAUGCAGAGAUAAUCCUUCUGAACGACUGGGAAACUUGAAAAAUGGUGUCAAAGACAUCCAAAAGCACAAAUGGUUUGAGGGCUUUAACUGGGAGGGCUUGAAGAAGGGGACAUUGACGCCUCCUAUUAUCCCUAAUGUCUCAUCAGCAGUCGACACGAGUAACUUCGACAAUUUCCCAGAGGACAACGAGGACCCGCCUCCUGAUGACAACUCUGGCUGGGACGUUGAUUUUUGAAGUCCUCCUCUCAACUUAAAACCAAAAGAAACUCUUCUUUUUGUUUUCUCGGAGGCCAUCUUGAGGACAUGGUUGUGUUGUAAAAAAAAAAACUGCUUUAAAAGAAAGAGAGGAUAUGGAAAAGAAGAUAAACGGAUGGAUGGCAAACCCUCUGGGUCACCGAUAUGCCUUUAUUUCACUGUGGCUCUGGAUCAAGCAUUUAUAAUGGGACUGCUGUAGCACUUCUUCAGUUUUGUCUUACACUCUGCUCUAAAGGCAAAAGGCAAAGAAAGUGCAGGGAUACACAUAUACAUACAACACAACAGAGGCUGAUAAUGGAGCCAGGUUUUCUCAUGGAACAGGGAAAUAUGUUUGGUGGGUGGAUGAAUGUGCGACAGUUUGUCUAAGUUUUGGUUCUAAUAUAAAUAAGAGUGAGAAAUGUGGACAGCUCAAAAAGAGAGGAGGCUGAUGAUUGAUCUUUUGUUGUGUUUUUUCCUCUGCAAUAUUUGGUGAAAUGUUUGGAGGACUUUGGGAGGGUUUAAGAUGUUACUGCAGUCACUCCAUGAUUCUUGACAUGCAGCUGCUUGCUGCAAUCUCCGAUACUUUCCAGAGAUCUACACACUACAGUUUGCAAGUAAAACUGGUUUCAAGUGCUCAAGACUAACCUGAAUGUCACUGAUUUUCUUCUUAUUUAACAUUCAUAUGGCAUACAGCAUGGUACGGUACAAAGUAUUUGAAUUUACAUUCACACACAUGACCACAGCUAAAUCAAACACUUAGUACACUUGAUAUACGAUUAGCACAAGAAAGCACAAAGACUGUGCCUUCAGUGGAAAGAGACGUGACUCUUAAAAGUGCCCUGCUUAAAAUUUAAUGAAUCACACACCGACAAACAUGAAAUGUCAGCUCGUAUUUCCAUGAAGCAAUGUGUCAUUAUGCACUUAAGACCAUUUACUGAGAAAAUCAGCAGGUACAGCUCAUUUUAAGCUUCAGUAGAUGAAGUCACACUCUUUUUUUUUGUUCUUUAAUAUGCUUUUAAUCACACAUAUGAAUGCUUCUCUACCUACAUACUUCUUAAUUUUUGUUUUUAAAUCACCCAAAUGCCUCGUCCUCUGUUUGCCUCUGUAUAGUUCUGACAUUACUGUGAACAUGGUUUCAAUGUCUUUGGUGCUGUUAUUGAUCAAUUAUAAUAAGCGAUGGUGAGGUGACAGUACUGGUUAUUGUUUUUGUAAAGUCAUUUCUUUUUUUUGUGCUCGAUUUCUUUGUAACGUACUUGACUUGGUUCUUUAGAAAAUUGGAGACUUGUGUGAAUUUGUAAACUUGUCUGAGGAAUUAUUUCAUAGCACUUGACACCAUGUUACAUUGUGCUAAGUGGUAGUUUCGAGUUUUUGUUUUUUUUAACAGUUAAAGUUUGAAUUAACCAUCCUUGUCCUUGGAGGCAACAUUGACCACAUUCACAUUAUCUUAAGACUAUACUGACUUAACUUCAUCUUAUGGAUAUAAUAAAGAAAGAAAAGUCUCCUAGAGACAAACGGUGAAAGUAUAAAGGGAGAUUAUAUUGUGUGAAACUCACAACUUUGACCAUUAGCGCCAUGAUCUCUCACCCAACUCAUCACCUCUCAUGUCCAAAAAUCCAAGCAUAAAAUCAGAAGAAAUGUAAGUGCCUUAAAUCAAUGGCAUACAAAAUUAACACCACAAGUCCUUUUCGAUGCUGCAUGAACACAUUUACACCUCAAAAACGUAUGUGUCCUCUUAGAUGGCUGCUUCUCAUCCUUUGUUAUAUCUAAUAAAUACAUUAAUCACCAUGGAAACAGAAUUUCUAGUCAUUUGAUGGGUGACAUAUGAAUUACAUUUCCUGCUUAGCCCUUGUGAUUUAUCUCACAGGAACAUUUAUUAAAAGUAAAAAGAUUAAAAAAACAAAAAUCUAUCAUACCUGAUACGGCUGCAAUGACAUGCUUUUCUCUACAUGUCUAAAAUGGUCUUAUGAAGUCAACCACAACUGGCCUGAGAUAAAGAGAACUAUAAAUCCUAGAUCAGAGGGACCAUCCAUCACCUGUUUCACUCAUGAAACCUGAGCAUGUAGAGAUGGCGAGAAUGAUAUGCAGUUUCACAAAUGGUAAACACUCCUCUUUACCACUGUUGAUAUUCUUUGACGGUAUGAUAGCAUUGAACAUAUUGUAUCAUCAUCAAAAUUCUCAUUUUCUUUUAACAGAUCGACUCAUAUUUCAUCCCAGGAAGCCAAACAGACUGAAAAACUUACAUUUAAAUUAUGUAAAUCAUGGAAUGGCGAUGGAGAGCUAAGAAUGAGAAGACAUCUUAGUUCUGUGGGCAUACCAUGAGUAUUUUUUGCUGUAUUGGGGGCAGGUUAUGUUUAUCACAAAGCCUUAUGUAUGCCAUCACUUUACAAACCACUGGUUUUGAGUCUUAUAUUAACUGCCUUCAGCAAUGUUAACUGAUAUUUGCAUUGUGUUAUUUUGUUUAUUCUGCUGUAAAUUAAUUUUGCAGAGUGCCACCUGUGAGAUUUUUAAAAUUAUAGAGUAAAAACAAUACUUUUGA